UUUAUUUUCGAAGGCAGGCCAGCAAUCACUGCUUUAUCUUUGAUCUCUUUUACCAUUAUUUUUUAUCUUUAUUUUUCAUUUUCGUUUCCGUAAUCAGGGACUAUUGCUUGAGUAGUUUCUGCCUGCCACCUGUUUGCGUAAAUGCGUCUUUAAGCCUGAGCAAAAGCAAAGUCCGAAGACAUUUUACAACAUCUUCAGAACCAAAUAAAUUGGCUGCUCACAAGAUCUUCUUUUUCAGCCGAGCCCCCGUGAAUUCUAGCAUACCUUGUCCCUAACAGCAAGCCAAAUAAAAGGACAAAACCACGAUCCAAGAAAUCAAGCAUCUUUCAUGGCAUUGUCAUCUCGAAUGACCAGAAAAAUUAAAGCUCUCUCAUCCUACAUUGGAAUUAGACCCCUUUCUAUAUCUACCCAUCCACAGCCAUCUGAAGAAGUAACAGGAGAACCUCGGUUCCUUCUCCACAGCUCCCCCGAACCCAAACUAUCUGAUCAUUCUCCCACCCUUCUUUUCCCCGAAACUCGCAUAUCCACCCUCUCCAAUGGCAUUCGUGUUGUCACCCAAUCGUCCCCAACAUCUGCUGUGCAAACAGCCUCUGUUGGUGUUUGGAUUGAUGCUGGCAGCCGCUUUGAAACCCCACAGACCAAUGGCACUGCCCACUUCCUUGAGCACAUGAUCUUCAAGGGCACUCGUCGCCGCUCUGCCCGUGCCCUUGAGGAGGAGAUUGAGAACAUGGGUGCGCGCCUCAAUGCCUACACUUCUCGUGAACAAACUACCUUCUAUGCCAAUGUCCUCUGUGACGAUGUCCCCAUUGCUGUUGACAUCCUUGCUGACAUUUUGCAAAAUUCACGGUUCUCUGAAAAUGCUAUUAGGCGUGAACGUGGCGUCAUCCUCCGAGAGAUGGAAGAAGUGCAAGGGCAGGCCGAAGAAGUGAUCUUCGAUCACUUGCAUUCAGCAGCCUUCCGAAAUAAUCUGCUGGGGAACACAAUCUUAGGGCCACAAGAAAACAUCCAGAUGAUCUCAAAGAUGGAUUUAUAUCAAUACAUUUCCACACAUUAUACUGGACCUAGAAUGGUUGUAUCUGCUGCUGGUGCGGUUAAACAUGAAGAAAUUGUUAAUCAAGUUAGUCGACAGUUCAAACAGCUUUCUACAGAUCCAACUACUGCCGCUCAGCUCGUUGAUAGAAACCCAGCUAUAUUCACUGGUUCGGAGGUUCGAGUGGUGAACAAUGACUCGCCUAUUGCCCAUCUUGCAAUAGCUUUCAAGGGAUCUGGAUGGGCUGAUCCGAACUCUAUUCCUGUGAUGGUGUUGCAAAGCCUGUUGGGGUCUUGGAACAAAAGUGUCGGUGUAGGCAAUUAUUCAGGGUCAGAGCUUGCCCGUAGAGUCAGUGCGGAUGACUUGGCUGAGAGUAUAAUGGCUUUCAAUACAAACUAUUGUGAUACGGGAUUAUUUGGCAUCUAUUCCACUGCCAUGCCUGAUUGCUUGCCCAGUUUGUCACUCGCAAUAAUGCAAGAGUUUAGGAGGAUGGCACAUCAAAUUUCAGAAGCAGAUGUGAUGCGUGCUCGAAAUCAGUUGAAAUCUGCGCUUCUGCUUCAUAUUGAUGGAACCAGUGCUGUUGCCGAAAACAAUGGACGACAGAUGCUGACUUACGGGAGGAUUGUCCCAUUCUUAGAGUUGUUUGCACGUAUAGAUGCUGUUGAUGCGGCUACAAUUAAGGAGACGGCAAAGGAGUUCAUAAUAAAUAAGGAUGUUGCAAUUGCUGCAAUGGGACCAGUUCAUCAGUUGCCUGAUUACGAUUGGUUUCGCUCUCAGACAUGUAUGCACUAGAGACAGAGACAUAACCCUACUUGGAUGCCAAGCUAUGAAGCAACUACGGUUAUCAUCCGAGCUCUUGAAGCAUCAUUUCGUUAGCUGAGCUCUGGUCACCAUUGUCAUGUAAGUUUAUGGCAUUAUUUUUAUAUGUAUUUUUCACCUGUAUGGAUCAACUUACUAAAAUCAUUCUUAAUCUAUUACCAUUUUAGUGUGUG